AUGUAUCUUUAUGGAAAAAGUUUCAACCUGAUAACAGAUCACAAGCCUUUGGAGGUGAUUUAUGGGAACCCUAAAUCAAAACCAUCAUUACGCAUUGAAAGAUGGGUGCUCCGCUUACAGCAAUAUUGUUUCAAAGUUAUUUACAAGCCUGGAAAAGAUAAUCCGGCUGACUUCAUGUCAAGACAUCCUACAACAGUCAGUGUCAAAGAAAACAUGGCAGAUGAGUAUGUGAGAUAUAUAACAAUAAAUGCGAUACCAAAAGCCAUGACCAUAGAAGAAGUACAAAGAGAGACAGAAAAGGAUGGGACACUCCAAGCAGUCAUAAAAGCAAUUAAAACAGGAGAUUGGAGUAACCAGUUUUUAGUACCUUACAAGUUAGCCAAAGAUUCAUUGACAAUAAAUCAUGCAAAUGGAAUUAUUUUGCGGGGAAACCAAAUUGUCAUGCCUAAAUCACUAUGGAAAAGAUCAGUAAAACUAGCUCACGAGGGUCACCAGGGCCUUGCUAAGACUAAAGCCCUGAUCAGAGAAAAAGUUUGGUUUCCAUUUAUUGAAAAAUUGGUAACAGAAGAGAUUAAUAGCUGUUUACCUUGUCAAGCAGUGGGAACACAAAAAGCACCAGAACCAUUGCGAAUGAGACCUAUGCCAUCUGGACCUUGGAAAAAACUGCAUAUUGACUUUUAUGGACCACUUCCAAGUAGUGAGUAUGUACUUGUUAUUGUAGAUGCUUAUUCUAGAUUCCCCAUAACAGAAAUUGUAAAAUCUACUGCUGCUUCAACCAUUAUUCCAAAAUUAGAUCAAGUUUUUGCAAUGCAUGGACUUCCUGAAGAAAUAGUAACAGACAAUGGUCCACCAUUUAAUGGUGAUGAUUUUAAAAGAUACUUGAUGACUCUAGGAAUAAAGUUUGACCCUUCUACACCAUUAUGGCCCCAAGGGAACUCAGAGGUAGAGAGAUUUAACCAACCUCUAGGAAAAGCAAUUAGAGCUGCAUGUAUAGAAAAUAGAAAUUGGAGACAAGAACUUCAAAGAUUUUUAUUGAGUUAUAGAUCCACCCCACAUGCAACCACAAAGAUUGCACCUUCAGAACUGUUAUACAAUAGGGUCAUUAGAGGGAAACUACCUUGUUUAAUCAAGACAAGUAAAUCUAAAAGACACAGAGAAGCUCAGGAAAAUGAUGCAGUAGGGAAAGAGAAGAUGAAAAGCUAUGCAGACAAAAGAAGACACACAAAGAUUUCUGAUAUCAAAGUUGGUGAUACAGUUUUGUUAAAACAAGAUAAAAAGAACAAGUUUUCUGCAAACUUUGAAAGCACUACUUACAAAGUUAUAUAUCGUAAAGGUUCCAGAGUAACAGCAGAAAGACAAGAUGGAAGGAAAGUCACUAGAAAUAAUAGCUUUUUCAAAAUGUGUAGUAAUAAAGAUGAUGAUGAUGAUGAUUUGUCUGAUGAUGACAAUCACAAAAGAACAGAAACAGUCGAAGAGAAUAACAGAGAAAACAGAUAUCCUCUUAGACAAAGGCGAAUGCCUGAAAGAUAUGGAACAGCUGUAGCAACAGACUAG